AUGGAUUCCAUGCGAAAUCUCUCGACCUCGCUGCCUAGGCGGAACGAGCCCACGAUGGAUCUGCUCUCGGAUUUCAAGGCCGCAGCUCUGUCGGUCACUAACUUGUACAAGACUGCGGCCAAGAGUCAGGAGGUAGCUCGGAAAGCUGGAUACCAGGAUGCGCUGGAUGAUUUACUCGCAUUCCUGGACAAGGAGAACCUAGGACUUAUGGAUGGGGAGGGCUGGAGAGUUCGGCAGUGGGCACAUGAGCGGGUGGAAGGAGAAGGAGCGGUAUUGAGACAAAGCUCUGGGACAGCCACGACCAUGACAGAUGAAGAAGACAACAACAGCACGGUGACCAAAGAAGAAGAUGCACAAGAUGAAAGAAGCUCAAGUCCCGAAGUACAGCGGCGGCCACAUCCACUGGCAACUACGAGCAGCGAUCUCACCGAGGAUGAAAGUCUCUCCCAACACCGCCGCGUAGUGUCGGAGCCUCCACAAGCACUUGCACAGCACCAAGCAACAUUGCCCCAGCAGAGCGAAUUCACGUUUCAGUCAACGCAUGCGUACCCAACCAACCACGACAGAGACGCAGGCAUGGACAUGGACGGCACGAACAGCCCACAGCAUGACCUCAACAACUCUUCAACACCAUCAAGUACAGAGACAGUUCGCAUCAUAUCCAGACCAGCACGCAACAGCAGGCACGGGAACUCGAACAAGCGGAACGAUAAUCGGAUGCCGACGUUGAACUUCAAUCUCGGUUCUGGAGCAGGAAACAAGCGAAAGAUGCCCUACUCGGAUUUUUUCGACAUCUCUGGACUCAAUGAGGGCGGAGAUCGCAAGGACGGUAAUGGCAAUGGCAGAGGUGGCAAGCGAGGGCGGCAUGUUUGA